AUGAUAGUGCUUCAAUUCGCAUGCUGCUGCCUCCGGGCUACUGCACAUCACACAGCUGCUCUAAGGAUUAGUUCAAUCUCGUCAUGGCUGAGUUCAAAUGUCGCAAAGCGGAGACUGGAGGAGGAGGAGGAGCUGGAGGAGGAGGAGGAGGAGGAGAGGGGCGAGGAGCUGGAGGAGGAGGAGAGGGGCGAGGAGCUGGAGGUGAAGGAGGAGGAGAGGGGCGAGGAGCUGGAGGAGGAGGAGGAGGAGGAGAGGGGCGAGGAGCUGGAGGAGGAGGAGGAGAGGGGCGAGGAGCUGGAGGUGAAGGAGGAGGAGGAGGAGGAGAGGGGCGAGGAGCUGGAGGAGGAGGAGGAGGAGAGGGGCGAGGAGCUGGAGGUGAAGGAGGAGGAGGAGAGGGGCGAGGAGCUGGAGGUGAAGGAGGAGGAGGAGAGGGGCGAGGAGCUGGAGGAGGAGGAGGAGAGGGGCGAGGAGCUGGAGGAGGAGGAGGAGGAGGAGAGGGGCGAGGAGCUGGAGGAGGAGGAGGAGAGGGGCGAGGAGCUGGAGGUGAAGGAGGAGGAGGAGAGGGGCGAGGAGCUGGAGGUGAAGGAGGAGGAGGAGAGGGGCGAGGAGCUGGAGGAGGAGGAGGAGGAGGAGAGGGGCGAGGAGCUGGAGGUGAAGGUGAAGGAGGAGGAGGAGAGGGGCGAGGAGCUGGAGGAGGAGGAGGAGGAGGAGAGGGGCGAGGAGCUGGAGGAGGAGGAGGAGGAGAGGGGCGAGGAGCUGGAGGUGAAGGAGGAGGAGGAGAGGGGCGAGGAGCUGGAGGAGGAGGAGGAGGAGGAGAGGGGCGAGGAGCUGGAGGAGGAGGAGGAGGAGGAGAGGGGCGAGGAGCUGGAGGAG